AUGGCAUCUACUGACGGCGAGGCACCUUCCAGACACCACCCUUCUGCUUUGCGCAACAGGGGCUUUAUUGCGGCGGAGCUUGGGAAGUGGCUCGGUGGAAGCACACAGGAUGCUCCCCACCUGCUGGAGGUUGCGUCUGGAACCGGGUGUCACGUGGAAGCCUUUGCUGGUCACUUGCCGGCAUUCUGGACGUAUCAGCCAACAGAGUACGAUCAGACGCGCAUUCCAGACAUCUUGGCUACCAUCGAAGAGGGGAAACACAGCAACAUACGCCCCCCGGUAGUACUGGACGUGUGCUCCGACCCAAGCACCUGGCCACGCCCAGCUGGAGGCGAGACUGCGGAAGGAGCCAGCAGAAGGCAGUGGGACGCUAUCGUGUGCAGCAACAUGAUUCAUAUCUCCCCACAGGAGUGCACGGGCGGUCUGCUAGGAGGAGCGGCGGCGGGGCUCAAGGUUGGUGGGCACCUCUUUAUCUACGGUCCGUUCGCGCUGAACGGCCUACUCAUCCCCGACAGCAACAAGAACUUUGACACGUCUCUCAAGGCUCGCAGCGGCGGGAGCUGGGGUAUCCGGGAUGCGGCGUGGGUGUGCGGCCUGGCGCACGACCAAGGGCUGGAGCUGACGGCCAUGACCCUCAUGCCGGCGAACAACUUCUUUGUCGUCUUCAAGAAGGUGCGGGAGGUGGCGGCGGCGGCGGCGGCGGAUGUCGAGGACAGAAAGGCUCGCGUGGCGGAGCUCGUGGCGGCAGUGGUAAUGCCUGCAAGGGAAGCGCUGGUGACGAAAGUUUCGGCUAAGUAGUUCGGGGAGGCACUUCAUGUCCCU